AUGUCCGAUUCACGUCUAAAUCUGCUUCGUUUCAUUCUACUGUUUAAAAUCAAGACACUGACGUUUUUAUCAUGGAAUGUUGGCUUGGAUUUUUUCAGUGGAAAAUAUAUGACGUUGUCGAAUGAAAAAUCAACUAUUGAAUUUUAUGAAUUUUAUGGAAUGAGUUUUGAUGAUCUAACUUGGUUGCAACUGUACACAACAAAUAUGAAGUCACUUAGUAUACAUAAGUUUACUUGUGAUUUUGGUAAAGUUUGUGGACUAACAAUCGCAACGUUAAUCACUCUCAAGCUCCAUGACAUUCCCGAGUCGAUGAAUAUUCACCAACUAUUCAAACAGUGUCUAUAUUUACCUCAAUUGAAUCAUUUAGAACUAGAAGGUGAACUAUUUAAAGAAUCACACAUCGACGGUAAUCACUGGAGAUACCUGAUUGAAAAUUACAUUCCUCACAUAAAACGUUUUCGAUUCUUUUUCUUUAUUAACGACGGAAUCGUUUCCCGACCUCAUAAUGACAUCAUCGAGUCAUACAAAACUGACUUUUGGCUACGAGACAAAAAAUGGUUUGUCAACUGCGAUUACUUAACGGGCCAUCGAGUAUUUAUUUAUACCCUACCAUGCAUCAAAUCAGAAUUAAACUAUCUUGUACCAUAUGAACGAACAUCGACAAGUUCAUCGUCAGCAAUCAGCGUUCCGGUUCUACAUUUAGACUCGAUUAACACAAAUCAUCUUCCGUCCAAUUUACACUUCGAUCGUGUUCGAUCGUUGUCUAUAUAUCAAACAGACCGUAACAUGACCUAUGAACAAUUGCGUAGAUUGAUAAAUAUUUCAUCUGUCGAACAUUUGAUAUUUCUUGAUUACAUCAACCCGGAUUUAUUCUUUGAUAUAUUAAAAUAUCAUCCGACUCAACUAUCGAUCCGAAUGUGUGCACAGAGCUUUCGUGAAGUUUUAGGCAUAUCAUAUGGAGUUAGUUAUCUCGGUGUAUUUGGAAUAACAACGGUAACAAUAGCAAAAUUACAUUCGCGAUACAACGAUACAAUAGAAGAACAUGAUGAAUUUAGUAUUCAUACGAAUGAACAACAUAAAAAGUAUUUCAUUUCAGGAAUGCAUCAUCCUUUUCUGACAAAUGACAUUCAACAAUUGGCUUUGUUUCACAAACAUUUCGCUCGAUACGAAUUUCUAAUUGGAAAUAAUCUCGACGAAAUCAAAGAAAAGCAUGCACUAAAAACUCCUGUCUACAUUCAAUCGAUGAAAGAUUACCAUCACGGAAGAAUCGAUCAUACCGUCGACACCCUAGUUGUCGGUGGUCCACCAGCAUUAAUCAGUGCGGUACAUUUAAUUCAAGAUAAAAAUGAAAACUUAAUCUAUUUGAAUAAUUUUCAACGCAUACCGAUCGCCAAUGGUUCAGCAUGGCAUUUAGAACAAGAUGCUCAUACCGAAGCACCAACAAGUUAUAAGCCAACAAAAUUCCUUCGUGAUCAAUUGAAACGUCUGUUCAUUGACAAUAUUUCAUUGAAAGAAAUUAGUACAACGGGUGAAUUUCCAUGGCGAACAAUCGAUUGGUUAGGAUGGAUCUCGCAUCCGAAUCACUGGUAUCGCGGUUUUAAACUUUUAGCUCAAUUCCAAAUCUUCACAAUGUUUCAUGAUCGAACGAACCUGUUAAAUGACGUUGCAAAGCAAUGUUUUAUUAAUGAGAAAUUCUUUGAUCAAUUAGAUAUUAGUUUGAAUAAGAAACUUCUGCUAGAUGGAUACGGAUCAAUUAUCAUCGCUCGAAACAAACAAGAAAUCAAUGAUUUGGAUGAUUUGAAGAAGAGUUUGUUGAAGGAAGGACGAAAUGUUGACAUUUUAUCGAAGAAAACCAUCUUGAAUCGUUAUGGAUUUAUUCCAAACGGUUUAGUUUUUGGUGAAAAGAUUCAUGAUCGUGUUUUGGUCGCUAAUUUCAUGAAAAUCUUGUGCGAAUAUUUAGUGAAGCAAGGUAGAACUGUUAUCGACGGAACAUUAAAAACGAUUUACUAUGAUGACAGUGCGGACAGUCAAGGAGGUGGUAUUAUUCGUUUCCAAAAUCAAAUGGGUGAAGAGAAAUCAAUCAAAUUCUCUCGUUUGAUUCUAUCAUUGGGAAGUCAAGAAAUUUUCACUAAGAAUAAUAAACGAUUAUAUGAUGUGGUUUCAGCACGUGGUGUGUCGAUGUUAGCACAUGUUUACAUUCCGAAAGGUUAUCAACUUCCACCUGUUCUUGUCUGUGGUGGUACUAAUCAUGCGACGAAGCUAUCAACGCAACCCAUAUCCGUCAAUGACAAAGAAGAUUUGUAUUUAAUGAGAUUUACGGCAGGUGCUUGUGUAACACCCAAUGUUUCGGAUAAGCGUACAGCGUUCUAUGAUGAAAGUAUUGCACUCGGCUUAAUUACGUCGGUGAGAAAAUCGUUGGGACGAGAAUGUCAAGUGAAACCAAUUCAUGUUUACGGUUGUAAUCGACAAGUUAGCCGAUAUGGACAACUGAAUUGGAUUGAGCCGUUGAAAAAUAUUUUUGUUCAAUACGGUGCUGCAGGCGGUGGACUAACUAGAGCGCCAGAUUUUAUCACAACAUUGAUCAACAAGAAGGAUAAAUAA